UUUCUAAGAACCGGCGGCGGAUUCCUGGUAAGAGAUUUCGGUGUGUGACAAUAUCCAGCGAGCGCGCGCGGCCCCGCGGCGUCCAGCUCGGCUCCAGCUGCAAGGUGCGAAAUGCCACUUCUUACCCCUCGGCAAGAGCCGAGACGCUGCGGAGGAGCCGGGCCGGGGUGUGCCCGCUGGCGGACUGCCUGAAAGCCUGUCAGGAGCAGAUUGAGGCAGCCUUAGCCGAGAGCCUGAAACAGGCGUCCCAAACCCAACAGGAAUACAGCGCCGCCAAGACUGCUGCUUACCCGGCCAGCCAGCCCACCAGCACGCCCACAGACGUCACGGACAUCAACCUGUGA